AUGUCUGGAGACUCUGCUGAGGUGGCGGAGGAUUAUCGCCUCGCGCUGGAGGACCUCUCCUCCAAUUUGCGCUUCGAGAUUAGCAACCUGACUGUGAUUGCUCGCGAGAAUACUGAACAUGCCCUAGCGAUCGCGGAAGUUUUGCAGCAACACAUCCUAAAGGCUGCCCCAAGCAAGAAGCUCCCAGCUCUGUACGUACUAGACUCGAUCGUCAAGAAUGUUGGCACUCCAUACACGCUCUACUUCGGUCGCAAUCUUUUCAAAACAUUUAUGGAAUCAUACGCUGUAGUCGAUCAACCUGUGCGUCGGAAGAUGGAAGAGAUGCUUAGAACAUGGAAGGAGCCUGUUCCUGGAUCUAUGGACAGCAGACCUGUGUUUUCUCACGAGUUGGUGCGACCUAUUGAGAAUGCACUCUUGAAGGCACGCGCCGCUACCAUGCCCCAACCGGGAAUGAUGCCUGGGCGACCGCGAUCUUCUGUGCCCCAUCGUGAUACCCCGACACCGCCUGGAAUGAGAUUUCCACCAGGCCACCCAGCUCAACAAUACACAUCAAAUGGAGGACAGUCAUUGAGCAAUGACAUUCGGAAUCUAAUUGUUGCCAUGCAGGCGGAAGCCUCAAGGAACCCACAUGAUCAUGGUGUUCAGACUAGAUUAAGAGCACUCUAUGACCUGCAGGGCGUUGUGAACACCAAUAGCUUGCCCCCGGAUCAGCUUGAGCUCAUUAAGAACAAAGUAACUGAACUUGCUGCCGUAAACAUGAUGGCGCCUCUGACCCAAAGGCCUGCGCCUACUCCUCCUGUGCCAGUUCAAGCACGCCCUAUCCCAAUGCCUCCAGUGUCCGUAGCUCUUCCUCAGCCUGCAGCUCCGGCUCCGGCGCAAGAAGGUGUGACGCUUGACGCGCUCUUGGGUAAGGGAGCGUUGGCAGCACUGAUGGCAAGGCAGUCGGCCACUCCUCAAAACUCGACGCCUACUCCGCAGCCACCCCUCGUUCAACAUGAACCACCGAUGCCACCAAUGCCUACGAUGUCUGCGAUGCCAGCCAUGAAUAUGCCAGCCAUGCCUAUACCGACAAUGUCAGCAACAUCUACACCAGUGCCGCCAGCAGGAGCGGCAGCACCAUGGAGUCUUCUCGAUCAACUACGAAAGUCUGGCUUACUCCCACCAGCACUCGCAUCUGUGCCUGCACCAGUUCAACAAGGUGGCAUCAAUUUAGCUGCUCUGAAGCAACCGUGCCAACCUUCUUUGGUCCGACAACUACAUAACGACUUGGGCCAGCCAUGCACUCAGUGCGGCAGACGGUUCCGAGAUGACGAAGCCGGCAAGAAGAAGAAAAUCGCCCAUAUGGACUGGCAUUUCCGUGUCCGCCGGCGGACCGACGAAGCUGAGAAACGAGGCAUGCAUCGAAGUUGGUACGUUGACCAAGGCGAAUGGCUAAAGUCAAGAGAGGUCGUCGACGUAGACCACAUCCCAACCGCCGAGGACGUUGCCGCGCAAGCUUCCAAAGUAUCUGAGGCUGCUAAGCCAAAGUACAUUCCCGUCCCUGAUCCAUCUCGUGGCAUCAACCCUGUUUGUCCGAUUUGCCAAGAUCGCUUUGAGAACAAAUGGCUCGAUACUGCACAGGAAUGGGUAUGGUUGGAUACAGUUUUGGUCGGUAACCGAGCGUACCAUGCUUCAUGUCACGCAGAAGCAACCCGAGAUCGUGAGAACACACCAGUGCUGGGCAAGAGGAAGGCGGAAACAAGCAUUGCGUCACCCAAAGUCCGAUCCCUCAAGACGUCAGCUUAA